AUGGCGAGACCGGGCUUUCCAUCCUCGGAUGGGGAAGAUGCUGGAAGCAUAAAGUCUCAGUCUACUUUGACACGAACCGACGUCGAGGGGGCUGCUAACUACUCGACAAAUGUAGAAGCGGAAAAGGUGUCGGAUGAACCAGACACGAACCCCAACAUUGUCGACUGGGACGGCCCAGAUGAUCCCCAUAACCCACUUAACUGGCCAAGCAGGAGUAAGGUCAUCCAAGUGGUGAUUGUGAGCCUGUUCACUCUCAAUGCAAAUCUCGCUGCUACCAUGUACGCACCUGGUGCACACGAACUGGCCGCCGAAUUCAACAUCACAAACUCCACAGUCGUCGCACUGACUGUCAGUCUCUACGUCCUGGGUUUCGCCAUUGGCCCUCUCUUCCUCGCGCCUCUCUCCGAACUAUACGGCCGUCUCAUCAUUUACUAUGUCUGCCAUGUCUUGUUCAUCGGUUUCACCUUUGGAUGCGCUUUCAGCAAAAAUACUGGCAUGUUUCUUGCCUUCCGCUUGCUUGGAGGCUGCGCCGCCUCUGGUCCCAUAAGUGUUGGAGGCGGUUCCAUCGCUGAUCUGUAUCCUGCCCACGAGCGCGGAAAGGCUAUGGCUCUGUUUAGCAUGGGACCUCUUAUUGGGCCCGUCAUUGGCCCCAUUAUUGGCGGAUUCGUUUCUCAGAAUAUUGGCUGGCGGUGGACCUUUCGACUCAUCCUGAUUGUUGCCGGUGUCAUUCUUGUUGCCACAGUUGUCUUUGUCGGCGAGACCAACGCUGCCGUUCUCAUACGCCGCAAGACUGAAAGCCUUCGCAAGGAAACAGGAAAUGACAAGCUUGUUCCCAAGUUUGAUAGGGCCGAGACACCAAAGCAGAUGCUCCUCCGCGCCAUCGUCCGCCCCCUCAAGAUGCUCAUCUUCUCGCCCAUCGUCCUGCUCAUGUCGCUCUACACGGGUAUCAUCUUUGGCAUGAUCUUUUUGCUCUUCACGACUUUUACGUCAGUCUUUUCUGGCACCUAUGGGUUCAGCGUCGGCAUUUCGGGACUGGUCUACCUUGGCCUUGGUAUUGGAAUGAUGCUUGGCUUGUUUACCUUUUCCAAGACCAGCGACAAGCUCAUGAAGAUGAAGGCAGACCAAGGAGGCUCGAAGCCAGAGGAUAGACUCAUUCUCAUGAAAUGGCUCGGAAUCACCACCCCAGGGGGCUUCUUCUGGUAUGGCUGGUCCGCCUACUACCACACCCACUGGAUCGUUCCCAUUCUCGGCACGCUCUUUAUCGGUGUCGGAGCUCUCUUUGUCAUUGUCCCCGGACAGCUCUACCUAGUGGACUGCUUCGGAGCCGAAGCAGCUGCUUCAGCCCUUGCGGCCAACUUGCUCAUUCGUUGUCCCUUUGGUGCUUUCUUGGAUUUGGCUGCCCCAUCAUUGUACGACAAGCUUGAUCUUGGAUGGGGCAACACGGUGCUGGGAUUCAUCGUCUUGGCAUUUACGCCUGUUCCUUUUCUUUUCCAUGCCUAUGGAGAGACACUAAGGAAGAAGUUUCCGGUUGAUCUGUAG